AUGGCGGGAAGUUACAAGGUCUGUGUGGUGGGAGGUGCUGGUGGCAUUGGCCAGCCCUUGAGCAUGUUGAUGGCCAUGGACCCCAAUGUUUCAGAGCUUUGCGUCUAUGACCUGACCCUGGCAAUGGUGCCAGCAGAGGGCGUAGCAGCGGACCUGUCACAUCUCAACAUGAAGUGCAAGGUGAAGGGCUAUGCCUUUGACAAGGACGACAAGGCAAUCGAAAAGGCUGGAGAGUGCCUCACGGGCUGCCACUUAGUGCUGGUGCCUGCUGGUGUUCCCCGCAAGCCCGGGCAGGACCGAAAGGACUUGCUCAACAUCAAUGCGGGAAUCGCCAAAAACAUUGUGGAAGCCUGCGCCAAGUACUGCCCGGAGGCGGUGGUCGGCCUUAUCGUCAAUCCCGUGAACUCGGUGGUUCCGGCGAUGUGCGAGAUGUGGAAGAAGAAGGGCUUGAACCCAGCUAAGAUUGUCGGCAUCACCACCCUGGAUGUCGUGCGCGCCGACAAGUUUGUCCACGAAAUGACCGGUUCUCCCAUGUCCGACAUCCAGGUACCGGUCAUUGGCGGCCAUGCGGGCGCUACGAUCCUCCCACUCUUCUCCCAGUGCCAGGUGGGAAAGACGCUCCCGGCAGACAAGAUCCCAGACAUGGACAAGAAGGUGCAGGAUGCCGGCACUGUCGUGGUGGCUGCCAAGAAUGGCAAAGGGAGCGCAACCCUGUCGAUGGCCUAUGCCGGAGCUCGCCUUGGAAAGGCAGUGCUGGCUGGCCUCAAUGGGGAGGUGGUGCAGGAGUGCGCAUACGUGGCGUCGACUGUCACUGACUUGCCCUACUUUGCAUCGAAGGUGACCUUUGGAAAGCAGGGUGUGGAGACGGUCCACCCUCUGGGGGACCUGAACGAGUAUGAACAGGGCCGCCUGAAUGCCUUGAUGCCGGUCCUGAAGGAGGAGAUCCAAGCUGGCCUUGACUAUGCCAAGGAGAACGAUUUCGCCGCGUGA